CGGGGAGAAGGAGCCGGGAGAAGCUGGUCUUACAGAGGUCUGAAUGCCAACGAAUGGAGAGUUAUUAAGGUCUAGGAGCCAGUCUCGUAGACAUCACUGUUGUGCCGCAGGUCUGUUUCUGAAAGCUGCGGUUGUCCGUGAGCGCAGGAAUGGCCGCACCGGCUUCCGGUGAAAGCGCCUGAGCUGGGACAGUGGUGACAUUGGUGACAGGGCUGGGAGUCACGUAGGUGCCCGAGCUCCAUGUGCGGUGUGACGCACGGUGGGGCGAGGCAGGGGCUUUGAGCGCGAACCUUUUGUUUGAAUUGUACACCCUCACCGCGUGACACCGACCCGUGUGUGCGGCUGUGGGCCGCUGUUGCCAUGACAACACCGCCGCCUGCGCACUUCACUCUUCCCAUCAACGCGGGAGCAGGGAGCGGGCGCGUGCACCUGCAGGGGUGCCACCAGGUCCGCCCGCAGCCGCGUCGCUCCGGCAGGUUACUUACAGACAACUACAGAAGAACUGUAAUUGUGAUGUUUUAUGAUUGAGCCAUGGCCAUGAAUGACAGCGUUAAUAUCUUGAGCUCUGCUUAUCUGGCAGUGGAAUAUAUAGACUCUUUCUUACCCGACAAUCCCCUACAGCAACCGUUUAAAAAUGCCUGGAAUUACAUGCUGGAUAACUACACGAAGUUCCAGAUUGCAACUUGGGGAUCACUUCUAGUUCAUGAAGUUUCAUACUUUUUGCUCUGUGUACCAGGAUUUAUCUUUCAAUUUAUACCAUACAUGCAAAAGUAUAAAAUUCAACAGGAUAAACCAGAAACAUGGGAAAAGCAGUGGAAGUGUUUCAAAACCCUCCUCUUCAAUCACUUCUUCAUUCAGCUUCCCCUGAUUUGUGGUACCUAUUACUUCACAGAGUAUUUUAACAUCCCGUAUGGAUGGGAAGAGAUGCCGAGAUGGUAUGUUCUGGUUGCCCAGUGUUUCGGAUGUGCAGUGAUUGAGGAUGCCUGGCACUAUUUUCUGCAUAGAUUGCUGCAUCACAAGAGAAUAUACAAGUAUAUCCAUAAGGUUCACCAUGAGUUUGUUUCUCCAUUUGGAAUGCAAGCAGAAUAUGCUCAUCCUCUGGAAACACUCAUCCUGGGAGCUGGCUUUUUUAUUGGAAUUGUUAUUUUCUGUAACCAUGUGGUUCUCCUGUGGGCAUGGGUGAUCUGUCGCUUGAUGGAAACCAUUGAUGUACACAGUGGCUACGAUGUCCCUCUGAACCCUCUUCAUUUGGUGCCUUUCUAUGCUGGGGCCCGUUUCCAUGAUUUCCAUCACAUGAACUUUAUUGGCAACUACGCCUCGACCUUCACGUGGUGGGACAGACUCUUCGGUACAGACUCUCAGUUCAUUGCCUAUCAAGAAAAAGAGAAGAAGAAACAGUGCAUAGCAAAGAAGAAGGCUAACUAAAUUUCCAGUGUAAAAGUCAACUUUUGCUUUUCUGUAAAGCAAAAUAGUGAUUGGGUGUUUAGCAUAAAUCUUGUUCCCUGGCUACUAAGAGGAAGGGAAAAAACAGCUAAUUGAACUGCAGUAUCUUUCUAAUGGGAAUGUUUUCUAUUUUGUACAUAAGUACUGCAUAUAUUUUAACUACAGAUUUAAAGAUGAUGGAAAAAAACAGAGAUGACUUCUGUCUAUCUUUUCUCUUUUUUUUUUGACAAGAAAAAAAUUGGUUUAUCUAUAAUGUUGCCCAUUUUUGGAUCCAGGUAGACUUAUGUAUGUACACUGAAGUUGGUCUUAGUUUUUUUAAAGAUAUAUAUUCUUAAAUUUAUAAUAUGAAAUAGCAGAAGUUAUUAACAAGCAUCAGCACUGUAUUAUUUAAAUAUUGGGUAAAAGUUGCUUAAAACCAAAAUGUCUGUUACUAGGAAGCUUGGACAGGUCUUUUGCACACUGGAUAAUGUGAACUGCUAAUAACAGAAUACCUGGCUAAACAUGAGUUAUCAGAGACAUUCCUGAUCUAUUAUGUUAUAUUAAAUUACAGGUAAAAAGAGUAGAAGUUUUUAUUUGAAGACACUGUUUUUUGCUGCUCUCUUGAAGUUGAUCUGUCAGUGUACUUAGCAUUUACAUUACAUUCUUCUCUAUGUGUUGUAAUUUGCUGAUCUGACUUGUUGCUAUAUUUGCACUUGUGACUGAUGAAAUAAACGUGGUUUGGUUUGA